AUGGGGACAACACCCAGGUCCAAGAGGAGGGAGUUGCGGCUGCGACUAGAAAGGACCAAUGUGGUGGCGAUAACAUCGGACACGUCAACCCUUGGAGCAGCGGGGAAGGCACCGGCCUCAGCUAGAGGGGAGGCCCCACUCCCGAGGAGAGGAAGGUCGAGGACGGCCAGAUACCCUCGAGAGGCGAGAAUAAGGGUUGUAGAAGGGGAGAUCAUAAACUCCCCAAUCGCCGAAAGUAUCUCAGCCGGGACACCAGCCCUUAGUGGCUCCGGCGGGGUGGCUGGCGCGGGCGACGUAACGUCCAACGCGUCCAGUAUUAUAAUGGUUGAAUCGGAACCUGAAUCCACUGGCGGAGAGGCGAUACCCUCUACUUCCGUUGAAUCUGGGAACUCUUCAUUCGAUCAGGUCCCCAGAAAAGGAAAGAAGAGGGGAAGGAAGCCGAAGGGCUUUAAUUGCCCCGACUCACACGCCCUGUCCAAGAUGUCCUCAAAGCGAAUGGACUUUGAGGGCGAUGAGCUGGACAGAGUGGAUUUCUUCAAAAUCACAAAGAGGCCCGGACAUGGAUUAAAAAGGAGGAAAGGGUUGGUGGAGUGCCAACUGGACGAUCGGCUUUCAUCGCACCAGAAGGAUGCCAUCGAGGAGGUUACCGCACUCUUCCCCCAAAUGUCCCCGAAAUCAAUCAUGGCGGAGACGUUGAGGGUUCUGGAGACCGCGGGGGAGGCUGAAAGGAGAACCCAAAGUAUGAAGGGGGAUCUGCGGCGUCAAAUAAAGGUGGGCGUUAACGUCGCCAAAAUAGCCGUGCAAAAGUUAGUGGCUGAUAUCGCAAAAGGCACUGGACCUAGCGAUGAGAUUAGGGUCAAUAAUUUGGCCCUAGAAAAAGAGGUUAUCAAACUCAGGCGGGAGGUUGAUACCCUCCGACGGGAGAGAACAACAAUGAGGAAACAGAUAAAUGCGCUGCAGAACACGGUCCAGGAGAUGAAGGAUGAGGACCGUGACAGAAGACCUAUCCUUUCUCCUGGGGAGGAGACUCGUGACGAGGGCUGUUCUCCAAUAAGGACCCGAGGGCGAGACAGGAGUGAGCGCCACGCGAAGAGCAGGGACACCGACCUUGACGCGGUAGCGGAGAGCCUCCCUCCGGCCUACCGACCGCCGAUCGGUGGGGUCCGGAAAAGGUUGGAGGAUAGGCCCACUCGCUUAACAAAUGUUAACGAGGAAGGGCAGAUAGUUAUAAGAACAAGAGAGGCAGGAAGAACUAGCCUGAAGCGUGGGGACACGUAUGCCGAGAGGACUAGAUACGGAGGGGCGGGAGACAUCGGUAGAGGCGACGGACUCGGAGGCAACCGGGACCGGGAGAGCCCGCCCCCUCCGAUGGAAUACCCGGUCGACGGCGAGGCCUGGACUGAGGCCAAGUCGAAAAGAGCGCGUAAGAGGAUGAGAAGAAAGGAGAAGGCAGGAGCGGCCUCCGACGCGAACGCGCACGUCGGGACGCGGGAGAAGAAAGGCCCAGGACGAGUCGUGGUACCCCCACCUCCUGGAGGGGAUAUAAAGGCCGGAGUGCGCCGGGCCGGCACUAUUAAAGGGGCAGCUAGUGUAAGUGCGCGUGAUGGGGCGUCGAAAGGCCCUACGCCCGCCAACGUCGCGAUCCGCCCUCGCGCGAGGCAAACGGGAAACACGGGACGACGACUACCUACGGCUAGGGACAAUGUGUUCCGGGCACCGAGAACGGCGGCGGUUCUCAUUAGGUGCGAGGAGAACAAGGACAGGCCGGGUAACGUGUCGUAUGCUGAGGUCAUGAAGCUUGCGAGAAGCAAGAUUUCGCUUGAGGACCUCAGCAUAUCAAAUACACGCAUAAGGAGGGCGCAGGCGGGCGGCCUCCUUAUAGAGAUACCGGGUGGGGAAGAAGCCGGAACCAAGGCAGAGGCCCUGGUGGGCAGAUUAAAGGAAGUCCUCUCUGAAAGUCAAUUCAGAGAGGAAGUGCAGAUUGUGAGGCCUAUGCGAAGAGCAGAGAUCAGAUUGGUUGAUAUAGACCAAUCUGUCUCUGCUGAGGAGGUGGCCGAGGCAGUGGCCAAUAAUGGACAGGCCCAUACGGCAGACAUUAGGGUUGGACCCCUCAGGCCCGGGAGAGGAGGCCUCAACUCAGUGUGGGUGCAGUGCCCUUUGGCCUGCGCCAAUAAGUUGUUGAGUGCCGGACGUAUGAGAGUUGGCUGGACCAUGGCAGGGGUGGUGCCCCUGGCAAAGCGGAGGCUGCAAUGCUUCCGAUGCUUUGCCGUGGGGCACACCCGGGCGAACUGCAUGAGCCAGGUGGACCGCUCCACCUGGUGCUUCCAGUGCGGGAGUGGUGACGGGCACAGAGCCGCGGGCUGCCGGAAGCCCCCGAAGUGUCCGGUGUGUGCGGGAAGGGGAUUGCCCUCUGGACACCGCGCCGGAGCGUCCGAGUGCGUUCCCUAUAAUGGACCGGGGCCGAAAUUGAGGGAGAACACAAGUGUGACCCCCGCGGAAGUGCAAGUGGAUGGAGCUGAUCGGGGAGCUCCGACCCCCGGAGAGGGGACACGAGAGGAGACCAUGGAAACCUGCGAUGGCUAG